CGUAGAUCACCGACAUAUUGUUUGUGAGGAGCAAAAUCGAGUGUUAAGAAUACAGCGUUGAUAAAACCAGUCAUCAAAGCGUAUAUAACUAAAGAAAGAACAAUGGAGCCUUCAGGAAGUCCUGCGAAGGAUAAUUUCAGGAUGAACCGCUACAAGAACAAAGCGCUUAACUUGGAGGAGAUGCGUCGGAGAAGAGAGGAGGAAGGCAUUCAGCUGAGGAAACAGAAACGAGAGCAACAGCUGUUUAAGAGAAGAAAUGUGGAGCUGCUGGGUGAAGAAGGGGGAAUGUUUGAAAGUCCUCUCAUGGAUUCCUACGUCUCCUCCACCACAGCCCAAGAUGGAGUAAUUACAAGAGACAUGGUUGAAAUGCUCUUCUCAGAAGACCCGGAACUACAGCUGGUCACGACACAGAGGUUCAGAAAACUACUUUCCAAAGAACCAAAUCCACCUAUUGAUGAAGUGAUCGGCACACCAGGAGUUGUGAAUAGGUUUGUUGAGUUCCUUCAGAAGAGUACAAAUUGCACAUUACAGUUCGAGGCCGCUUGGGCACUGACCAAUAUUGCAUCUGGAACAUCUCAGCAGACAAAGUUCGUGAUCGAGGCUGGUGCCGUGCCUGUCUUUAUUGAACUUCUCAACUCUGAUUUUGAAGAUGUUCAGGAGCAGGCUGUUUGGGCUUUAGGGAACAUUGCGGGAGACAGUGCUGUGUGCAGAGAUUAUGUGCUAAACUGUAAUAUCCUCCCACCUCUACUAAUGCUGCUGACCAAAUCAACUCGUCUCACAAUGACCAGGAAUGCUGUGUGGGCCUUGUCCAACCUCUGCAGAGGCAAAAGUCCACCCCCUGACUUUGAGAAGGUGUCUCCAUGCCUGCCUGUUCUGUCCCGUCUUUUGUUCAGCAGUGAUUCAGACCUGCUGGCUGAUGCCUGUUGGGCUCUCUCUUAUCUCUCUGAUGGGCCCAAUGAGAAGAUCCAGGCAGUAAUUGAUUCAGGGGUCUGCCGGAGGCUGGUGGAGCUGCUCAUGCACUCCGAUUACAAGGUGGCCUCUCCUUCUCUGAGGGCUGUUGGAAACAUUGUUACGGGAGAUGACAUUCAGACCCAGGUGGUGUUGAACUGCUCCGCUCUGCCGUGCCUCCUGCACCUGCUCAGUAGCGCCAAGGAAUCCAUCAGGAAGGAGGCCUGCUGGACCAUCUCCAACAUCACAGCAGGAAACAGAGCACAGAUUCAGGCCGUAAUAGAUGCAAACAUCUUUCCGGUAUUGAUAGAAAUCCUGCAAAAGGCAGAAUUCCGCACCAGGAAGGAAGCUGCGUGGGGGAUCACUAAUGCCACGUCAGGUGGCACACCCGAGCAGAUCAGGUAUCUGGUGAAUUUGGGCUGCAUUAAACCUCUCUGUGAUCUGUUGACUGUGAUGGACUCUAAGAUCGUGCUGGUGGCUUUGAACGGUCUGGAGAAUAUUCUCAGACUAGGCGAGCAGGAGGCCAAACAGAACGGCAGUGGACUCAACCCUUACUGUAGUCUCAUAGAAGAAGCCUAUGGUUUGGACAAAAUCGAGUUCCUUCAGAGUCACGAAAACCAGGAGAUCUAUCAGAAAGCCUUUGACCUCAUCGAGCAUUACUUUGGAGUGGAGGAAGAGGAUGCUAAUCUGGUUCCACAGGUGGAUGAGAACCAGCAGCAGUUCCUUUUCCCCCAGCAGGAAGCCCCGAUGGAGGGCUUCCAGUUAUAACCAGCCUUCAGACUCUUCCCAGCCGCCCACUGACCUUUACACCCUUUCCUGCACCCCAUACCCGGUACUAAAAAAACAUACAUCGGAGACACUCAGAGCGCAGACACUUGACAUAUGGGUGAACCGAAUUAAUCUACCCCUGAUCCAGACUGAUUCAUUUAAUUCUGUUUAAUGCAGGGGAAACGUAUUCACUAUCCCGUCACACCUAAGAGAAAGCCCAAUUUUAGUUUCCUUCAUUGUUUUUUCUUUCCCCGUCUCAAUGAUGCAGCUAAAUAAUCAUCCCCUCAGGUAGAAAUUGUGACGCUGUGUCGUUUUUUUUUUCUUCUAAUAAGGAGAGGUUUGCUUCAGUUUUCACUGAAAGAUGAGAGAAUUGUUUGCUCAUCUAAUCACAAUCAGAAAAUUACAGACUUUCAUCAGAUGUUGCAACAUAGGAUUACUUGCCUUUUUCUUCAUUAUUCAUAUUCUGGUCAUUAAAUAAGGCAUUUGAUAAGGCCAUGCUUCAUAGGAGAAACAUCUGCAGAUAAAAGAGUUAUUUCAAGCCAAACUGAAAAAUCUGUCAUUUACUCUCGCUCAUUGUUCAAUUUUGUUUCACAAAGGAUGAAGUAUUUAAUGGAAUCUGACAGAUUUUUGAGUGUUUGUUCUUCUAGGAUGCUUCAAAACCUUCACAAAGAGUUCAAAAAAGAAAUCGAUAUGUAUAAAGUUAAGGUCUUCUGAAGAGAUUUAAAGGGAUAAUUCACUCAAAAAUGACAAUGCAGUCUUAUUUACUCAGUGAAAUCAUUAGGAGUUUCUUUCUUUUGUUAAACAAUGAUGAUAUUUUGAAGAACACUGUUAACCUGUAACCAUUGACUUCCAUAGUAUUUGUUUGUCCUACUAUGGAUGUCAAUAGUGAUCAGUUUGCUUCAAAAUGAUCCUCUGUUGUGUUCAACAGGAGAAACUUCUUAGGGUUUGGAACCACUUGAGGCUGAGUAAAUACAUUUUUAGUGUGAACUAUCCAUUUAAUUUAGGCUUUUAUUCAUAUAAUCACUGUCAAAAAAGCUCAAAUCAAUCAAAAAAGGUCAAGUUUACAUGGCUGAUCAGUAUAUAAAUAUGUAAAUAAGAGUAUAAAACACAUGUUAGCCAUUUAAAGUAAUAACUUUGCUUCAAAAGAUGCUCGUUUACUCGCAAGAUAUUUAAUUAUACAUCAAAAGCUAAUUUUUUGAUAUCUUUAUGAACAUUUUGAAGUGUCAAGACAUUUUAUGCGAAUGGAGGGAUAAAAAUUGGUCAGAUUUCAUAAAAAAAAAAAAAAUCUUUAUUUGCAUUAGGGUUGUCAUGAUACUGGAGCUUUAAAAACGUCCAUUUCCCACUGACAUUAUGCGCUUCUGAGCACAGUCUUAAACAGCGCUGAUUUGCUGUAAUGUUCACAUGCUCAACAGAAAUGACUGUGAUUGGCCGUGAAGGUCAUCAGUUCACCGAACUCGCUGUUGCUUACGGAGCGUAACAACAGAUGUAGGGACACUGGAGUGUUUUAAAGUCACAUCGUUCAGCUGGUUUGUUUAUAAUCUGACAUACAAGCGAUCCGCUGAUGAAUCGCUGCUUUAAAACACUCCGGUGUCCCUAUAUCUGUGGUUACACUCAGUAAACAGCGGUGAGUUUGGUGAACUGAUGAUCUUCACGGCCAAUCACAGUCAUUUCUGUUGAGCAUGUGAACACAACGGCAAAUCAGUGCUGUUUAAGAACGUGCUCAGUUGCGCUUAAAUGCCAGCGGGAAAUGGACGCUUUUAAAACGUUGGUGUCGAAUUCCAUUAUCGUGAAAACCCUUAUCUGCAUUCUGAAUGUUGAGUAGAUAAUGACGAUUUUCAUAUUGGAGUGAACAAACUCUUCAAAGGAUAUCUAGAGUUGUUUCACCUCUCUUAGUAUUAGCAUUCAUUAGCGUCUUCAUUUCAGAACGUGCUGGGUGGGAGUGAAAACUGAUAUUUAUAUUUGACAAGGUGGGUGGUGUUGAUAAUCCAGGUAAAGUACUCAAACAGUAUCCUAACAGAAGUCAUUACUGUUGACACACAAUCACAAAUGACUGGUGAAGUGAGCUCGUUUAGUAAAGAUAAUGCCCAGUUUUUCUUUUGCCCUUUUGUUUUUACCAGUCAGAGGUGACAUAUCUAGUUGUAGGAUGUUCGUGGUGUGCAGUGUUAUCAAAAUCUUUUGAUUUAAAAGGCUUUAACUUUGAAAUGCGAUUUAGGGGAAUAAGCACAUAUCUGAGGGCCAGGUUGAUGCACUUGACGGAGUCUUAAUUUUGCUGUUUAGUUUUUCCAUUAUUAAUUGAAGCACCGGGUGGUUCGGGGUUUUUUUUGCUCGUGCAGCCCUCAGUAUGUGCAUGUUGGGGUUUUGCAUGGUGUUCUGUUGGUAUCCCUUGCCAGAUCUUCAUUUAACAAUUAGCUUGCGUUCAUUAGUUGGAAGUAGUUACGUUUUCUGUAGGUAUGGCAAGGAAUAUGUAUUUAAAUAAUGAAAUAUAUGGGCGAUUUAAAAAAAAAUAUAUAUAUAUAGAUAUUUAAAUAUAGAUAUUGUUAUAUUUGCACACACUUUGCACACAUGCAUACAAAACCAGCAUACACUUCAUAAGCAUGCACACAAACUAAUUGGCAUAAAACCAAGGGGGAAAUGACUUCCAUAAUCUCUGUUUCUUAUGUACGUUCAUGACUUGUUCUGGCACUUUUUAAGUUGACGCACUAAAAGCUUCAACAACAAACACACACGAACACGCACUCGAGUUUGUUGACUGCUGUGGAUUUCAGAUUGAGGGCAUGAAAAGUUUUGAAUAUUAACCUCUCGCUCUUCGAAACGUACUGUGGUUUACUUUGGAACCGUGAGUGAUCGUUUCAAGUCAUUAUGGAAGCAUUUUUCCUCUACCUCCAUAACACACUGACCGAAGGGUGCUUCUCUGAGUGAAUGUGCGAGGGUCAUUUGAUUUAGGAUGGGCUGGUAAACAUAGUAAGACAACGACUGACGGAUGAUGUGGGGAAACGAUGCAAAGCUUAAAUCUCUGUUUAGCAUCCGUUUUUAACAGGGCAGCAUCCUGUGUUUGGUAGAUUGGUGUUUUGGUUGACUGAUAUCUAGAAGUUGUACUUUCGAUACAUGUCAAUCCGAUGCGAUUCCCGACAAACCGAAUGGAGGCUUCCAUGCUUAAAGGGAUUGUUCAGCCAAAAAUGAAAAUUCUGUCAUCGAUUAGUUAAAUUUUUCUGUUGAACACAAAGAACGAUACGAUGGAAAAAAACAGCCGUUGACUUUUUCUUUAUGUUCUUAUUAUUGAUGUUAGUCGCUGCUUUUUUUCACCAGCAUUCUUCUGAAUGUAUUGUUUUGUGUUCAACAGAAAAAGAUUUACUUAAGAACUACUCGAGUAAAUGGCGAGGAAAUCUUCAUUUUGGGGUGAAUAUUUCUUUUAGAACUUGAGUUGAACGCUUCAAAAAUACCUCUGGUGUGCUUUAACAUCAGUAUUCAAGUUGAAUUUCAUACUGUGUGACAUUUGCAGGAUUGAGAAUGCUGCAUUUCAGAUAUUUCGGGAGAAUAUAUUGGGUAAGGAGGGGAAAGCUAUGCUUAUAAAAUAUAUCUAAUGGUCUACAAGACCACCAGGUGGAUUCAUACGUCGAUCAAAAAGAAAAGAAAUUAUCUCUUAAUGGAAAUGCACUCCUAUUCACAAAAGUGCCAAUCAGACCAACAAAGACAAGAGGCUGAUGCGUAUCGAUCUGUCUUUGAAUUAUUAUUUUUCCUUUUUUUGUUUACUUGAAUGUGCACACAUUUUGUGCAAAACAAUUGCUGCUCUGUUUUCUUAUCUUACAAAUUAAAGGUUACAUUGUCCGCCACCGUUCGUGAUGGUCUAUUUGUACACCAAAUUGGUAAAGUCAAAGGUAUAAAGAUUCAAAUCCGUAAUUUAUUGUGCUGGAUUGAUUAAUACUUUUAACCAAGGCCAAUGUUGAAAUACUGUCUCAGUUUGUACUGUUUGCUUAGCUUGUGUUCAUUUUGGACCUUGUUGUUUUUGGCGUAGAGGAUGCUAACGAUUGAAGGAGAGAAACUAUUUUCUUGAGUGUUUUGUUUAUGAGCUCAAUUUAGCUGACCAUGUAGACCCAAGUUUUGUUGUUUCAAGUCCCAACUUUUCCUCCUGUAACCAAACCAAUUGUAGCACAGCGAAUCCAAAUCAGUUUAGGCCUCUUUUUGCAGACAUUUUGUUCUCAUUUAAGGCUUUUUUUUAAAAAAAAGAAAACAAACAAAUCUGAGUGUCAUACGAUCUGUGUAUCUUGCAUUUAAAGCAGAAAUUUGAACUGUUAUAUUGGCACAAUUUAAAGUUGCAGUCUUGGCACUGUUCUUUACUCCUUAACUUCUGAGAAGUGCAGAAAACAAUAAAAAGAUAUUUAAGAAAAGGCCACAAAUACGUGAAAUUGGGUCUUUAUGGUCUUCCGUCCUAGAUCUUGUAGAUGUUGACAUUUUUGAGACUUUUUGUCUCUACUUUCGAACCUGAAGCCGACGCAUAUGGCUGUGUCUAGUAAUGCUGACUCACCUGUGUUUACAAUGCUACAUGUUUGUUGAGUACUUUUCAUAUACAAUAUUAAGACUUGCCCAGGUGGAUAUUGUGUCCUGGUUCGGUAAUUUCUUCUUUUCUUUUAAAUGUAUUUAUAUUUAAAUCUUUUUUUUUUUUUCUUCUCUGCAUAGAAUUGCCCGUACUGUGACUGACUUGACUUUACCGACGAUAUGAAUGAGUGACGGACACACAAACUGAACAUGUCACACAAACAUAUACAUGAACAAUUCUGAACAAAUGUUUAAGAUUUUUUUUUUGGUCCAGAUACAAAAUAAAAUGAUAAAACAAAAA